AUGUAUAGACAAAUUCUCAUGGCUCCAAAAUAUCGUCGAUAUCAACACAUUUUGUGGCGAGCUUCUUCUCAGGACAAGAUACAUGAGUACGAAUUAAACACGGUUACGUAUGGUGUAGAGAGUGCUCCUUACUUGGCUCUAAGGGUGCUCAAAGAAAUAGCUGUUGUCCAUAGUCAACAUUAUCCACAAGUUCAGGCAGCUCUUAUGUCUCAAACUUAUAUGGACGAUAUUUGCACUGGCGCUGAUUCCAUCGAAUAUGCUCAAACUCUCCAGUACAAUCUAGUGUCCAUACUUAGCCAGUUCGGCUUGGAUUUGAAAAAGUGGGCCAGCAAUUUGUUUGAUUUGUUGAAGAAUAUACCAGCGGAAGAUAGGGCAGCUGGCCCUCUGCCGUUCAAGGAUGAAAAAUCACCUCAGGUCCAGGUUCUGGGCAUGAAAUGGAACCCUGAUGACGAUUUAUUCAGUUACGAUGUCAGCUCGACUAUGUUUGUUUCGUCUAAGCGAAGUAUGUCAUCGGUGGUUGCCCGGAUUUAUGAUCCCCUUGGGUUUUUAUCCCCAGUAAUUUUCUAUGCUAAACACUUGCUUCAACGGGUUUGGCAAUCUGGCGUCUCCUGGGAUGCACGUCUCCCCGUGGAGAUAGAACAGGUCUGGUUGUCAUUUGUAGACGAGCUCCGUCAUUUGUCGUUGAUCCAUAUACCGAGGUAUGUUGGGGUCACCGAAGGAUGUCAAUAUGAUUUAUGUGGUUUAUCUGACGCCUCUAUCAAGGGGUAUGCUGCAGUUGUUUAUUUUCGGGUAACGGAUGGUCGUGGUAAUGUUUCGUUGUCAUUAUUAGGUUGUAAGACAAAGUUGGCUCCUACUAAAUCUAUGACCAUUCCUCGUCUGGAGCUGUGUGCAGCCGGGUUACUCACUCGUUGGCUUCAUCGUUUAUAUAAUAUUUUGUCUUCUCGGAUCCAGAUCAAAAACGUUUAUGCUUGGACUGACUCUUCAGUAGUACUGUCAUGGUUGAACAUGCCACAUGUGGCUUAUAAGGUUUUCGUUUCUAACAGGAUCCAUCAAAUCCAUCAAUUGGUGCCGUCUGGUCGCUGGUUUCAUGUCAGCUCGGACAUGAACCCGGCUAACUGUGCUUCCCGGGAGUUACACCCAGAAAUAUUAGCCAUAUUCAGCCUGUAUUGGGAAGGCCCUGAGUUUCUUCAUCAGUCCGGUGAAGGUUGGUCAUCCGAUGUUCAUCUAAUGCCCGAGGAACAGCUUUCCGAGGUCAUGGAUCCGCUGUGUCAUAUUGUGGAAGUUACGGGGGAGCAGUCAAAAUUUUACAACAGAUUCUCGUCAUUCAACCGAAUAAUUCGCACCAUUAUACGUUUACGUUAUUUUAUUCGUCGCUGUCGCGAUAAAUCAUCAAUCAAAGGUUCUUUUGAUUUACAGGAAUAUAAUGAUGCACUUAUGGUUGUCGUCAAACAUUCUCAGGCAUUAUUUCUACAGCCUUUACGUCAGGAAUUAUUAUACAAUCGACCCGUUUCUUCGCGAUAUUUGGCGCGUCUGUCUCCGUUCAUUGACAAUUCAGGAAUCAUUCGGGUUGGUGGAAGGUUACGUCAUUCCCUGCUGACAGAUCGUCGCAAAUUUCCUAUUUUAUUGUCAAAGCUUUCACACUUAGCACUUUUGAUAGCUAGGCAUUGGCAUUUAUAUGCAUGCCACGCAGGUCCUCGUCUCGUGUCCGCUAUGAUUGGUAGACAAUGCUGGAUCGUGGGUGAGUGUCACGUUAUUCGUCGUGUGAUCAGCGAAUGCACGAUUUGCGUGAGGUUAGCAGCUCGCAACUCACAGCCCAUCAUGGCCAAUUUGCUGGAUUUUCGAGUUCAACCAAGUCCUCUUUUUGUUCGAGUAGGCAUCGACUAUGCCGGGCCAUUGCUCAUGAAAGAAACGAGCUUGCGCAAGGCACGACAAUAUAAAGUCUUGUUGCGUGCCAGUAUCAGAUUUGAAUCCAAAUGGUUGAUUUGA